GCUUUGAGGACGAUUCGCUCCGGAUCGCUGUGACAUGACAGGAAACAGGUCGAUGUGAUGGUCCAGGCAGUGGCGAGGGAAACAUGGAGGCUUGUUUUCUCCGCGGGCUCCUUCUCUUCGCUCUGACCACUUCGACAGCAGGAGGCGAUGGACAGGUGACGUUCGUGUCGGAGCUCUCGACCAAGCCAGCUCAGAAGUUGUCCAAGUACGGUUGGUAUGGCAACGUGAGGCUGCAGAGGUUUCACAUACCUGAGGAAACCGCCGUCGCUCGCUGGCUGUUCUCCAUCACCAAGCUCCAGAACUUCCAUUGUGGACAGAAAAACGUCACCGUCCAUAUUCGAUGGGGUGCCCCUCCAGUUAUAAACCUGAUAGGUUCAGUGUUUCCUAAUGAUACACUAUGGAGUCCUAGCCUGUCUCUGACCCUACCAGUAGCAUUACACAGCUUCAUAACCUUCAACCACUCCGACCCUGCCCCCGGUGACUGGUACGUCGCUGCCCACUUGCCUCAGGAUGACGGGCGCAUCGAGCAGAAGGGUUUUCCGUCCUGCGCUUAUUUCUUCCAGCCUCAGUUAUCAAUCAGGAGAGCGGUGGACACACCCAUUUUACAGCAGGGCACAUUCCUCCAACAGACCACCGCACCUGACAGACCGGCUCGCCUUAAGUUCUAUGUUCCAGAGUUUGCCUCUUCUCUCUCCGUGUCUGUGGCGGACUGUUCUUCAGGGGAGGGAGCCGACACUGGGAACUGCUCACUGGUCGUCAGGCUGGGCUCCUCCUCUCUGCAGCAGGGCCCAGUAUCAAUGAACUGCUCCGGGACUGGCUGCUCCGCUGUGCUGCCUAACCCACCUUGGGACACCUGGCUACGAGUUGUCGUUGACAGCAGCCAAGACAACCGCACUGUGACCUUUAGUAUCAUCGCAAACUACACAGUGGGUUGUAAGCCCAAAAGUGUCGGCCUUAAAGCAGACGAUGACUUUAAGAAGCUCCGUGGAAACAGCAGCUCCAGCAACUCCACAUCAGCGGGCAACAGCUCACUGGCUCCAGCCGCGGUCGCCUUAAUCGAUGACUCAGCAUCACCGGUUACGCCGCCGUUGGAGCCUGCGUGUGUGUGGAGCAUCCCCGUGCUCUACGAGGAGGUGGACGUUCUGUCGCUGCGGUACACCCCCGCCAGCGGACCCAACGUCAGCGUCACAAACACACACCCCACGCUGCUCACCUACCCCCUGCACACGCUAGCCACCGGGGGAACACUCAAUCUGCAGCUCACACUCAACUCUACUGCUGUAAUGCUGGGGAACAGCAGCAGUGUGGUGGCCUGUCUGUCUCAAUGGGCUCCAGUUCUCGUUCUCAACCAGUCUCAACCCUGCAGCACAGGUUUGUUUGGAGGUUACGGGCUUCAGGUGAAUGCCACCGUGACCAAAGCUGUGGUCAGGCUGCCGUUCCCUCAGUCAGCAACAUGGUACCUCACCCUGCAGCUCACAUGCAACGGCACUGAUUGCGGUAACACAUCAGUGGUGCAUGUGAUCCCAGAGGUGUUUGUCAGUGCCUGUGUCGAGGAUUGUGGGACAUACGGCGAAUGUAGACUACUGAGAUCCUACAGCUACCUGUACGGUGCCUGUGUCUGCAAGGCUGGCUGGAACGGUUGGGGCUGCACUGAUGAUUCGACAGCUCAGUCGUACGGGCGCCAGCUGACCGCAACCCUGCUUCUGGCUCUCAGUAACCUGAUCUUCCUGCCUGUUACUGUGGUGGCCAUCAAACGCUACUACUUCACAGAGGCGUCCGUUUACCUCUUCACCAUGUUCUUCUCCACGUUCUACCAUGCGUGUGACCAGCCCGGUAUAGCUGUAAUGUGUAUAAUGGACUACGAUACCCUGCAAUACUGUGACUUCCUGGCCUCUGUCUGUUCCGUCUGGGUCACCAUCCUGUGCAUGGCUCGCAUCAGAGACGUGUUCAAAUAUACUCUGUUCAUGCUCGGGACUCUGCUGAUUGCUAUGUCAAUGCAACUGGACCGCAAAGGCCUGUGGAACCUGCUGGGCCCUGUCCUCUGUGCACUGGUGGUCAUGGUCACUGCAUGGGUGUCCCGAGGGGUCCGGCGGCGACAUUGCUACCCGCCUUCAUGGCAGCGCUGGGUCUUCUACCUGAUCCCGGGGGUGACCUGUGCCUUUGUUGGGAUAUGCUUGUAUGUUUUCGGUGGAACAGAGGCAAACUACUACUACACACACUCACUGUGGCACAUCCUGAUGGCCAGCUGCGUGAUGCUCCUGCUGCCGCCGAAGGAGAAGGACAGGGAGACGUUGGGCUGGAGCAGGGGCUGGAACUGGAGCUGGAACUGGGCCUGGACCUGGAGCUGGAGACCCCGGGUUUGUGGGUACACUCUCUGCGAGAACGGCAAGGAAGAGCUCUAUACUGUCACAUAGUGGGAUUAGAGAGGCUGUAAGGAAGCAAAGUGACUUGGUGUUGAUUGGUAAACAUCUCUAUAAGCUCCACAAUGUCUUUAAGUCUCUGACUCUUCAAAGUUAGACCUAUAUUCUCUUACAUCUGCUGAUUUCAUAUUCACUUUCUCGUCUAGUGGGAAACCGUUCUCAUGGAUCUUAAAUCACUAGCGUUCAGACACCGUAGAUACGCAAACACCCCCGAAACCUGCUGAAACCUCUAAGGUGGUCCUCUGCACCAGCUUAGGUAUAAAUCAAACCCUUCAGGUUGCAGACCACCUGACCUUUGACCUCAUGACCAGGAGUUUGUACAUAGUCUAUAUGUACAUAUUUUAUUAGACUAGAGUAUGAAUUUGUGAAAUAUUUAUAAGUAAUACCGCUUUGUGGAGCUCUUAUGAAUCUUUUCUAUUCAGUCUGUCCCUGACUUUGCUGAUAAAAAUAUGGUGUAUUUAUAGCUGAUGUGAACACUCCUCCAGUACUUUCCUUUGUCCCACAGACCAGGGUGGAAAAUGGAUUGAUAAAACUGGCUCCACUCCAAGUUUAGCUCCAAGCGUUUUCCAGAGCUUUCAAACUGUAUAACAUGGUCUUCGCUAACCAGGGCCCUGUUCACACCUGACAUUACCAUCCAUUCGUAAUACUUCUCCUGUGACCACUUAGAUCUCACUUUUCAGCUGUUUGUGAGUCGCAAAUGAGAGAUAUAGAACCAGCGGCCGAAUGAAUCAAUGCACAGCUCUGAUAUGGAGAAAGAUUUGAAAACAAAAGUAUUGAUCAUUAUGCUGUGACCAGUGUUGAUAUUGGUCACCACAAACAAAAGACUAAAAACACAUUUGAUACACAUCUAAACGCUGUCCCCUUGUGAUCGUACAUCACUCUGAGAAAGGUUUAUACCACGUCUAAACAGGGUCUAGUUAACAGCAGGACACUGAAUAAGAAUGAUAAAGAAUAGUAUUUAAGAGUAGUAAACAAACAUUUACUUCACAGGAACCAUUUAAAACCAGUGAAACCGCUUGUUUGCCAAAGUCUGAGGAACCCUGACUCAGAGGCCUUCCCAUCACGCCGACAUCAGUCUCUCAACUCUCCUCCACAGAGCAGCAGGUUUAGUGAUUCAAAGACCGAAUGCCUCCUCAUCCCAAUCCAUGUCUUUAAACACCAAAUGUCUCAUCGUCAUGUUCAAGUACAGACGCAUACGCUGCUUCUGUUGAAACCUACUGUCAUCCUGUGUGUUUAUCCUCCCUCUUUAAAGCCUCACCUCAUUUGACCAGCAGCCAUUCUGAAGCACUUUUAUGAUUAUAAAGCUGAUUCCCCUACAUAAUGGUCAUAGCCCAUACAGAAUGUGUAUGAAUGGGAACCUAAUGAAUGUAUUUUGAGAUUGCUGUGUCCAGUGCCUCCUGUAUGCACUGUGUGAUUCGGUUUUGUCUUCUGCGUACUUUAUUUUCCUAAGUGUUCUGUCGAUUUGCACUGUUGUUUGAUUUUUUUGCAACCUGCAUUGCCUUCCUUUCUUUGUUUUUCUCAUGUGUGAGUACAACUAAUUUAUUUUUUGUCACAUUCAAGUAUGCUGUUAUGAUCAACAAACUACGACAACAAACUACCGCGCUCAUUGCAUUAAAGGAUGAAGACAUUUAAUGUUUGAUGUAAAACCUGGUUUUAAUUUACUUCUUUCCAAUCUGUUCAAAACCCAAACACUUGC